UCUUGUCUCCACUACUUUCAUUUCUGUUCCUUCAUUCUUCCCUUUGUGUGCAUCGAGAUUGAUAGACAUGGAGAGGGAGAGGGAGAGGAGGGGAAAGGCUCAUCUCAUGAGUUUUCUAUCAGCAGGUUUAGUUUUCCAGAUUGUGAUCACUCCGGUUGUGUCUCGGAGCCUGGAGGAAUCCUCAGACCAGAACAACUACUACUACAUCCCACAUGACCAACGUAAGGAACCGAUGUUAUGCUCAACUCCAUCACAUGGUGGCUCAUCAACUCCCUCCCAUGGAGCCGGAGGCGGCUAUGGCUUGCCAACGCCAUCACAUGGAAGCGGAUGCGGCUAUGGGUCACCAUCACCGUCACAGGGAGGCGGAGACAGCUAUGGGUCUCCACCACCAUCACAAGGAGGAGAAGGCGGCCACACAUCGCCAACACCAUCACAUGGUAGCUACUAUACACCAACACCUUCGCGCGGGAGCGGCGGCUACCACAGUUCACCACCAUGCGGCGGCGGCGGCGGCGGCGGCCAUUCCUCGCCAGCAAUAAUUCCCCCUUCGUCCCCCCCAGUGGUUGUGCCACCCGUCACUCCAUCACCAGGAAGUGGAGGAAGCUAUGGUACACCAGCACCUUCGGAUGGAAGCACCGGUUACUACAAUCCACCUCCAAGUAGUGGUGGCUCGCCGGCCAUCAUCCCCUCUCCGCCCUCCCCUGUGGUUGAGUCACCGGUCACACCACCUGGAAGUGGAGGUGGCUACGAUACACCAACACCCUCACAUGGAAGCGGUGGUUACUAUAAUUCACCUCCAACUCCAAGCAGCAAUGGCUCACCGGCCAUCAUCCCCUCUCCGCCCUCCCCUGUGUUUGAGUCACCGGUCACACCACCUGGAAGUGGAGGUGGCUACGAUACACCAACACCCUCACAUGGAAGCGGUGGUUACUAUAAUUCACCUCCAACUCCAAGCAGCAAUGGCUCACCGGCCAUCAUUCCCUCUCCGCCCUCCCCUGUGUUUGAGUCACCAGUCACACCACCAAGAAGUGGAGGUGGCCACGAUACACCAACACCUUCACAUGGAAGCGGUGGUUACUAUAAUUCCCCUCCAAUUCCCAGCAAUGAUUACCAUAAUCCACCUCCAAGCAGCGAUUGUUAUAAUCCACCCCCAAGCAAUGGUUACUACAAUACACCUCCGUCCUCCCCUACGAUCGAGCCGCCCGUCACUCCAACUCCAGCCAUUCCUGACACCACACCGCCCUCACCAUUGAUCCCUAAUCCAAACAGCCAUCCAUACUUCACUGGCACUUGCAACUAUUGGAGGACGCAUCCAGAAGCCAUAAUGGCUAUAUUGGGAUACUUGGGCAACAUCAGUCAGCUAUUUGGGCCGGCAUAUGGGUUGGCUUUUGGGAGAGACCUCAGCUUGCCUGAGGCCUUGGCAAACACCAGGAACGAUGGGAUCGGUGCUCUCUACCGGGAAGGGACCGCUUCACUGCUCAACUCCUUUGUUGAUAGUAGAUUCCCCUUCACCACCCAACAGGUGAAGAAUGCCUUUGCUGCUGCCGUCACCUCCGACAAGGCUGCGGCAACGCGGGCAGAGCUCUUCAAGCAAGCUAACGAGGGACGUCUCAAGUUCUAGAAACAGAAAUAAUCCUGUUUUACAUACGUCUACUUGGUUCUCUGGUCACUUGAUGGGUGUGCUUUUGCAUUGGUGUAUUUGUCGCGUCUAAGCUUCUAUUGUACCUUGCAAGUUGUUUCAGCUAUGUCUCGUUGUAUUA